AAUCAUGGCCUACGAUCUGAAAAAGGAAUCCGAUGUCAAGGAAUAUAUCGACAAACUAGGAGUGGAGUACCGUUUCGGUUGUUAUUCCGAAAAGAAACCUGAAGUUUGUCAUUUACUGGGAGACUAUUUGGAAGGUAUCAAAAAAGAUUUCGAAAAAGCCUCCAAAGUAUAUAAAUCGACAUGUGACGAUUAUGGUUACGCAAAAUCCUGUUUCAAAUUCGGCAACUAUAGUUUCUUGGGUAAGGGCAAAAGCGGUAGCAAAGGAGAUCCAAAGGCGGCAUUUAGCUACUAUGAGAAGGGUUGCAACUUAAAUGAUUCCGAUUCCUGUCUGCAUUCUGGCCUUUUGUUGGUGUCCCGUUCGAUGCCAAAGGAAAUUGAUCGAGAUGUACAAAAGGGCUUGACUUACCUUACAAAGAGUUGCGAUAUGAACAAUGCGACAGCCUGUUUUUACUUGUCCGGAAUGCACAUCUCGGGUGUUCAAAGUAAACCAGAGGAAUACAAUCCUCAUGCACCUCCCGCGAGCCAGAAACCCGUUAAGGACAGUGACUACAUUGUACAAAAGGAUAUGAAAAAGGCAUUUGAGUUUGCGUACAAGGCUUGUGAACUACGCAAUAUGUACGCCUGUGCCAAUCUUAGUCAGAUGUAUGCUCGCGGUGAUGGCACAGAAAAGAACGAAAAGGAAGCUGAGAAGUACAAGAAACUUGCCAUCGAAAUGCAAGAAGAAAUCAAGAAGCAGCAACAGACUUUACAAUUCCAACAAGGCCUAAAGAAUCCCCAAUAA